AGUAUGACUUAAAGUAAGGAAUCAAUGUUUUCGCGCUAAAACGUAGUUUGUUGGUUGUCAGUUUUGCAUGCGACAGUCAAGAUGUCGACCAUCCUGGAUCUUCCGAAGCCCCGAAUUAAUUUUUCUAUGUUGGGGCGAUAUAUCAACAAACCCGUCUGUUUUGUUGGGCGUGUUGAGAAGGUACACCCAACUGGAAAAUCGUUUACGGUCGUGGAUGGAGAGGGACAAUGUGUAUCUGUCGAAUUGAAUGACCCUCUUGGAGAAGAACUGUCUGGAAUUGUGGAGGUCAUUGGAAUGGUGUCAAAUAAAGGAGCUCUAAUGGCCACCACAUUCAGCAUGCUCAGAGAUGAAAAAGGCAUUCCGUUUGACCUGGAACUCUACAAUGAAGCUAUAAAACUCAUCCACGAUUUCCCCCAGCACUACCCUUUUGAAGUGGCUUCAAGUGGAUGAGCUUGUAAUCUGUUUUUUGUUAAAAAAAAAAAAAAUCUGGUUUGUUGUAGGUUUAAAAAGUUUGUUUAAUGCGGAAAAUAUUUCUAAUUAAAACUUUAUACAUUUAGAUAUUACCCCGACUCCAUUUUAAUUCAUGAUUUAUAUAUGCACUGUGGUCUGAAUUAUUAUGCAAAUUUGAUUUAAG